CUGUGUACACUUUUUCUGUAUUCUUGUUGCCACUGUUGGUUUGAACAGCACAAGACAAUGUCGAGUAUCGACCGUAGGAUAAGCGCUGUGAUUUUGGAAUUAGAAAGACUCGUGCGAGUGAAACGUGUUUGUACUACAGACAAUGUCCAAGAAUGAUGAUACAUUCAACUUCAAUGUACCAAUGAUGAAUAUUCUUCAAAUAUAUAAAAGUUCAUGCCAAGAAAGAAAGACCUAAGCAUGUUGCCUUGCCUGGGAUUUUAAUAUGAAUUUCAAAACAUGCCAACGUACAAUGUCUUGCUACAGCGGCUCAUGUCAACAAUUAUCUUAUGCACCACGUUAAUAAUUAAGUGGUUGACACUUAAACUUUUUACACAGCAUGCGGUUGCUUUUCAACCUGUAACAGGAGAAAUGGUAUUGGAUCCUAAAGCCACAAGUCUUCACAGUGAUUACGGAAGUUUUGAUAAGCCACUGGGAGGGGAAGAGGGACAUAAUAGAGACGUUGAGGCAGCCGUUGAUGGCACCAGUAGUGGAAUGGCGCAAUCCAGUGAUGUUUAUCAAAGGCAGCCUCUGCUUCCUGGUGCACCAAUAAAAAGCAAAGACAAAUGGAAUGGAGUUGGGUCCAGUUCAGAUUAUUAUGAAGACGAAGAAGAUGAUAAAAUAGAUGGUCUAGAACACGUUCGACAUCCAGGCUUACCAAAUGGCUCUGGAAGUGGCAUUAUUAAAAUUGACAUACCAGCUCCACUCAGAGAAGAACCCAGAUUUCCCAAAGAAAAAUGGAAAACAUUUUUUGCAUUCCUGUUUAUGGUCGUGAAUUUCAUACUGACCACUGCUUCCCUUGCAAUGGUUCACGAACGUGUACCUGAUCGCACGACAUAUGGUCCUCUUCCUGAUGUGGUCUUAGAUCAUGUUGCUGCUCAAGAUUGGGCACUCAAUGUGUCGGAGAUAUUGAUUAUGAUAAUGUCCAAUUCUGCUAUAGUCUUCAUAAUUUUUCAUAAACACAGAUUCAUAGUAGUAAGGCGAAUAUUCCUAUUGAUGGGUUUAUUGUACAUGAUGAGGAGCAUUACAAUGUAUGUCACAGUUCUCCCAAUGUCUAGCAAAACCUAUUACUGUAGUCCUAAGGCAAAUAACACAAGUCCCCUGCUUGUAUCAAAACGAGUUCUUCAACUUAUUUCUGGUUUUGGACUGUCAAUAAAUGGAAAACACACUUAUUGUGGAGAUUUCAUAUACAGUGGACAUACUGUUGUGCUGGUACUUAGCUACCUGAUCAUCAAGGAAUAUUCACCCAAAAAAUGUCAUCCAGUUCACUGGCUUGCUGGAAUAUCAUCAUUUGUUGGCGUUAUCAUGGUUUUAAUUUCUCAUGGCCAUUACACUGUUGAUGUCAUAAUAGCAUAUUAUGUUACCACUCGAUUAUGGUACAUCUACCAUACAAUGGCAAAUAAUGCACAUUUAAAACAAUAUGGACCGAAUAACUUCUUAGCUCGACUUUGGUGGUUCCCUUUGUUUAGAUAUUUUGAGAAGAAUGUAAGUGGUACACUUCCACGACAAUAUGAGUGGCCUCUGCCCUGGCCUCGACGAUUGCUUGCCAAGCAUCCUAACAGAGACAGUUAAUAUCUGUCUGAGCUUCGUAAAGGAGCCUAUGUUUCCACGGUGAUAUUUGAUGUACAUACUUACUUAGACUUAUGAUAUGAAGUCUCUUUAACAGAGGAACCUCUGCGAUGUAGGAUUUCUCGCAAGACUCUGAAGCUAGAUCAUGAACAAAAUGUUGAAGAUACAAAAUUUCUGUGGAUGCCUCAAUAUAUAUUGGACAACUCAACAACCCACUGUGCUCGUUCAACCGUCCUAUCAAACGGUCCUGUUGUCUUAUCAUUUUAUGACUAUUUCCUUGGUUUUGAUACAAUGUUUACAGUGGUAGAUGUAGAGAAAAUCUUACACAAAAUGUAUAUAUCAAUCAAUUUUCGAAGAGUUGGUGAGGUGGAACGUGAUAUGCCAUUCAUAAUUAAAAUGAGAAGUUUAUUAAAGUAUAUAAUGUAGUGUCUUCAGCAAAUUGUGAUAUUUUUUAUGUGAGAACAGCUCACCUUCCACUUUUAUCGACUCUUACAAUUUGUUUGUUCAUUCAUGAUUCGUCACUUCUGAAUACGAUUUAAUCUGAUACAUGCAAUUGAUUUGCGCAAGAUUUACAUAAACGAAGGUUUAUUUAAUAUGUAAAAUAUCUAUUAUCGAUUGUAGAUGCAAAAUAUAAUAUACAAUUGCAGUUGUGAAUUGGUUCAUGAAUGGUAGCAAUUAUACACAAUCUUUAGAUUCUGCGAUUUCAUGGGACCAAUCACAUUUGGUCGCAGACUCUAUCUACAAUUUUUCACAAUUGCAAAGUACUCUUUAAACGAAUUUUACUUUGUGGUUCAAUUAUGUUAAAAUUCUAACUCAUUUUGGUAUUUGCUUAACAAUGUUUUCAUAUAGACAUAUUUUAAUGCAGACUAUCGUCUUGUAAAGAAUGUUGCGCAUAAUCAAUCCUAUGACUGAAAAUAAUUCGUAAACUUUUGCUUUUCUCAUAGAAAGACUUAACUACUCGAAAAAUUGUAUAUUUAUUUAGUCUACAAAAAAUAAAAAUUACUCUUAAUUUUAUUUUUAUUUAAAAGUUUUAGGCAGUUGAUAAAAAAAGAGUAAAAAAUGAAACCAGUUGUGCAUAGGUAAGUUUUUCUAUGAGUAUCAUUUGCAUAGAAAUCGUGUAAUAAGAAUAAAAGUCUUGUCGCUUUUUGAAAAAUACAACCUGUUCUAUAUAUACAAGAUAAUUAGAAUAGUAUUGAAAAGAAGAAUCUCAACUAAGAACAUUAUAGGAUUCUUCGAUAAUCAAUUUAAAGUUAUACUAAUGAAAUGAACCUUGAAGCACAGAACGCUAAUUUGCGAAAUACUGCGACUAAUUGUACAAACUUACCUUCAUUUUUAAUUUGAAUAUUUUCGAUGUAUGUGAAUGAAACUGCUCUUGCCUUCAUCAGCAACGAUUGGGGAUUAUAGAAAGUAAGAAAAAUAAGGAAUAAACACUUUAAGUGUAGUGGGAAAACAACAAGUAUCGUUUGAUUGAUAGAGUUAAAAGUUGACGUUCUAUGGAUGAGCGCAAAUUUAAAUAUCGCUUGAUUCAUAGUAACCAUGAUAAUUGAUUGACAAAGUUCCCAAGCUGAAACAUUAAUUUAAAAUAAUAAAUUUCGAUGUAUUACCAUUAACAUUGUGUAGAGUCUCGAAGUUCGCCUGCGUGUACGUAUACGUCGUGAGAAAAGUGUAAUAUUUUUCGCUACAUCGACACAAUGAUAACUGUGUUAGAAGAAAAAAUAAUCAUACUCGGCAGGACAUGCAAUAUUAAGUCAAGAAAAAAGAUAGCGAAGUGACUAGUUGAAUAGUUUAAUAGUUAUGAGGUUGAUAUGCAGUUAGACUUCAAGUGAAUGUUAUGCAAAGAUUAUGAAAAUUUGUGUCGUUCGCAAAUACAAAGUUAAUUCAGAAUGAUUCGCUGAAAUAUCAUAUUAUAUGCGCUUGUGUGCGUUAGAUAUAUUCACAUAUGUUUGUACAUGUUGCACACGUUGACAUUCUUCCAAUAUUGGAAAAGCUUUAUUGCUGUGCAACAGCGAUCAGCACUUUCUGUUAUUGUUGUGACUGAAUUACUUUGUCAUGCAUUAGCUUGAUAACAUUACCAUUUUUUUUUAAUAACAUUUAAAGCGCUGUUUAUUAUUUUAAAACAAUGAAAAGAAAGGAGAGUCUGUUUUAGAUGCACAAUCAAUACAUUGCGUAAAUCAGUUUAAGUUAUGAUUGUACGUUUUACAUCGUAAUUUAGUCACAAAAGUUUUUUUAUUAGUGUCUGCAGUUGCCGUUUAAUCAAUAUAAUAAAAAAAGUGCAAAUUUGUAAAAGUUUAUAAAAUAGCUAAUUCCCGCGUGGUCGCGAUUAUAUAUGCAUACAAACCUAUAUAUUUUGUGUAGAUAUUUUUUGGUAACUUGUUAAAAAGAUGAUUAAGCGAGCAAAGUAACUAGAUUAGCGCGUAAUUUUGUAAAUAAGGUGGAUAAAGAGGGCUUAAGAUAAAGUGCAUACAGAUCUGCAAAAGCGAAUCAAAAUUUUGUUACAAUUACAUUUGUCAUUGCAUUUCGAAAUUUUCGAGAUGAUCAAUGUUGCUUGUAUUGUCUGUACAUAUAAUAUAAAUAUGAUGACUGUAAACUAACUAUCGGUGUUAUUGCAAUUAAGAUUUUUUAUUUUUAUUAUUUUUAGGUCUAAUAGCAGCACCAUCUAUGUAUAAACAAAGUCUUGAUGGAAGCCGAGUAAUUAUAAAUAUAGCAAAUGGAUUUUGAUAUCCGUUUAAUACAGAAAAAAAGCUUUAAAACCAUCUACCGCUGUAUUACAACUUUUUUUACUAUAACUAUUGUAUGCAAGUCUUGUUCCUCCAUUGUUGAUGUAGAUUCAUAAAAUUUAUUAGAUAUAAGUAUAAAAAGACUUACAAAUGAAAAACGUAAAAAUUUAUACGUUGCAUCUGCCAGUUGUAAGUUCAAAUUUACAGCCAUAUUUGAAUAAUAAAAGAACAAGAAAUAAAAUUCUUAUAAGAAAAAAAACUCGUGCUACUUGGAACACUCGGCUUUCCAGAACCUCUCUACUGUUUGAAAAUCAAUCAAUGCGAUUAAAAGUGUCAUGAUAGUGACACUGCAGCAAACCAAAUUACGUAAUAAUGUUUUAUCCUUCUUUAUAUUUUUCAUAUGUAUACGAUAUAUUUAUAGUGUUAAAUUUAUUUUCUCACAUGCUCAAUGGUGUUUAACAGAAAUAAUAUUUGUACAUAUUUUAUUUACAUAUACAUAGUUUAAGGCACAAUUGAAAAAUCGUAAAGUUCGACGAUGAUUUUUUCAUAAGUAUGAUUUGCGCCAGUCUGCUUCCUCUUAUUGGAAGCGUGAAAUGUUAUAAUUUAUCAAUGUUAUAAUUCACGCUCUGAAGAACUAAUACUGUCAAGAGCUCGAAAAGUAAAAAAUUUUUUUCUUACAUUGUGCUAUUUCCUCGAUGUUAUAUAUUGAUAUGAAAUUUCAAGUCAUUGUAGGCGUACUGAGUAUACACAAGUAUUAAACAAACGACUGUACUUUUUCAACGUCUGUCUGCACACUUGUGUCUCCUCGAGCGAGAAGCUUUAGGAGCGAGUACAAACCGUUGCGAUUAUAACGUAGCUCUGAUUUUGCGCUCGUAGGUAUGCUCGAAUAACUGAUGCCGAGUUAUCGGAACACAAUAGUAUUCCGAGAAAUUUUAAUCGUGAUUUUAUUGUUGAUAACUUUUUAAGCGAAAAUUCGACGAUAAUUUUUCUCUGUCAUAAAAAUAAAAUUUCCCACUCGUCACAAGGUAUAUACAGUUAUCGACGCGCCACUUGAAUCACCGAGUAUAAUCACACAUGAACCACAGUGAUCACGAAUAUAUGUUUCCUAAUGGGCUUCUCUAUACGUAAAGACAGAUAUGGGGAAUUCUACAAAAAAUUACACAUCUUGGACUUCAAAAACGGUGGAAAAAAUAGGAUAUGCACCCGGGCUAUUUUUUUCCGAUUUCACAUGUUUAAAACAACACAAAACUGCACUUUCUAACACACAAAAACUGCCCUGUGACAAUUUUCUCGGCCUCAAAUUAAAGGAUAACUAGCCACUGUUCGACGAUCCGUACUUAACUUCUGAAGGCGUGAGCGAGAAAUCCAUAUUACUAAGAUAAAGUACAUGAAAAAAGUUUCACUCAAAUUAUAAGAUCGUUAAGAAUGCUUUUUUGAAAUGAUUUUUUUAAUUCUUUUUAUUUCAUUUUUUAUUUAUUUAUUUAUUUUUUUUUAUCAAGGCUAUUAUACUUUUAUCCUACAGUAAAAUAUACAUGUUUUGUUUGUGCCCUCAUCAUGCAUUGGGUACAUGUCGUUGAACAAUAGACUAUAUUUUUCAUUGAAUUUGAGUGACCGAGAAUGCAGCGCCACAAGGCAAAAAAGGCUUGUUGGAAAGUGGUUUUGCAUCGUUUAAAAUAUGUACAAUGAUUAGAAAAAAGGUGCCUCAAUAUUUUUUUCACCAUUUUCUAGGCCAAAGAUGCGUAUUUUUUAUACGUGCGGUAAUAUAAUCGGACUCUCGUGUUAUAACUCGAAAUGCGUACACUCGCCCAAUAGUUUCUUCCCGGACUUGAUCUAAAGCAGAAAAAAAGUCUUUCAAGCGCCUCAUAGUGUUGUAUGUUACGUGGAAAAUUGAAUUUGCUAACUUACGGAGCGUAUUAUAACAUGAUAUAAUGUUCGUUGCUUUAGAGCAAAGACUUUGUACAAUAGAAGUGUAUAUGCUAUGUGGAAAGAUAUGACGAAGAAUUUUAACAGUUUAAUUUUUGUAUAUAGUAGCGGUGUGAUAUAAAUUUUGCGAGGCAUUAUUGCGCAUCGCUUUGUACCUUAUUGAUACGAUAUGCGAGUAUGUCGCGCGCGAGGGGUAGAGAGUCAGUGCUGCGGUUACGUGUUGCGUGUAUGAGUAAUAUAAGUAUAUGGCGAGUUGAGAGCAAGAGAGCGAGAGAAAAAGCGUACGAGAGGCAAGUGUGAACGCGUUACGCGAGCAAUGCAUUAUAGCACAAAAUAACCAAUUGCUUAUCGUUCUCUUUGUUUAAUCAAGUUGAUGAUCAUAUUAAUUAUAAAUGCGGGUAUGGGUGAUAAAGCGCGGCGGUAAACCGUUUCGAAAGAUGAAUGUACCUCCAUAUAUAUACGAUAUAUAUAUAUAUAUAUAUAUCGUAUACGCACCUCGAAAAUGCUAUGGUGAAUCUGUUCGAGAAAAUAAAACGUUAUACUUUCACAUGAAA